UCGCCUCACGUCAGAGUGCGCGGGUUAUUCACAAAUUGUAAACAGCGCCGUUGUUUUGCUAACGCUAACUUUGGUUGUGUAAUGAUCGAAACAGCUGUUUCACCAACCUUUCGCACGGUUUUUAUAAGUACUUUACUCGAUUCUUAGAGCUCGGGUGCAGAUAAAUGCCUUCCCGGGGGUUAACGGCGUAAGAGCGGUGAUUUCAAACACAAAUAAUGUCUAACUGUUAGCUCGGCUCUCUGUCGUAAACGGCCUUUGGCGUUAAAACAACGAUUCAGAAAUUACUACCAAACAUAAAUGGAGACCAAGUACCCGACACUGAGGAGACCGAAGAGGAAACUCUGCUAUCUCACAGACAAGGAAAGUCCAUCCAAACAAUGGGAAGGUACACUGACACUGGGAGACGUGGAUAAGAUGUUCGAUGACUUGGAUCCAUCCUCACAUGAUGACGGCGACAUACCUUCCCCAUCUCCUCUGCUUCAGACCUUUGAUAUUGAGACAAACCGCAGUGAGAGAGAGUCUCGUCCAGUCCCACAGGAAACACAUCUAACAGAAAAACCAAGAUGCCAAGUGGUAAUGAAACAGUCAGUUGUUACAGUGACUUCUACGGAUAAUAAUAAGGGUCCCGAAGGAGAUGUCCCUGAUACUGCAACGAGGUCAUCCAGUCCUAAGCUAGAAAUUGAUUUGGAUGUCCCAUUCAAAGCCCAUGGGCCGGUGAAGACGUCCAGCCCUAUUGAAGAGGAUAUUGUUGUGGAAGGUGUAGAAGAGCUGGACAAUGAAAAAGGCAGCAUUGUGUCCCCGAUUCUCUUUCCCUGUGACGAUGAAGGAAAAGAAGAGGCAAAGACAGAGCCUUCACCUACCCAGACACCCCAAUGCAAUGGGCUCGCCGCAGAGAAUGAUGUCUCUGAGUUUGAAUCUCCUCCAAGCAAGAUUGCUUUAAGUGCACCCAAGAUGUCCAUUCAAAAAAACAAGGGGGAAGGAUCAUGCAACAAUAAUCACCCAGUCAAAGAAAACGCACCCACAAAACCUCGAACACCUGUUUUGGAUGGGAAAAGAAAAGCACCAAGUCAAGAAAACACAGACCCAUCCGUGUCAGCAGUGAGACAGGAGCCUGAAGCUGCAGCUCUGAAGAAAAAGCCUGAAAGUGUCCACAGGCAACCAUCGUUGGAGGUGUCCACCCGAGUGGGAAAAGACAUGACGACUUUUCUACAGAAGCUGAGAGAUGCUGGAAAGCCUAAUCCUGCACGGAAGUCUCUGUCACCGGUAAAAGUACCCACUCCUCCUGAGCCAGAGGAUGAUUUCCUGAUUCUUGAGGAUGAUGCGCCUCUUUGGUUUUCCAUACCAAGUAAAACAGCCAGCACUAAGAGACGGAGCAUAGCUUCCAGCACCGACAAAGACAGCUCAACAGACAAGGGGUCAAAGGAUAACGUGCUAGAAACAGCACAACAACAGGAGUCUGAACAGGAAAACGACAAACCGAGAAGUCAGACUGUAAAUCAGAAAACGAAGAGGAGGAAAGGGAAAGAAAAGAAGAAUGAAGUGACUGAGCCUGGAAAUGAUUUGCAUGAAUUGUCCAGUCCUGAGGAUCUUCCUGCAGGUGACUUAAUGGAAGAGAAACCAGACAAAAAGAAACGACGACUCAAGAAGGCACCGUCUAAAGAAAGUGACAUGGAAGAGGAGCAACCUAAAGACACAGCCAGCAGCCAAACAGACGAAGAAAGACCCACUCUGAAAAUGGAAAAGAAAGCUCAGAAGUCCUCUGAAAUGAAGAGAUCAAAGUCCUCAAAAGAUGGGAAUAAAAAAGACAAGACUAGCAGGGCUACGUCAUCAAAGGAAGCCAGAGAACUGACAGAUGCUGAAGACCUCGUCUCUCUUUCAGACAAAGAAAUUGUGAAUUCUGAAGCACAAACCGAUGAAAAGGAACAGAGUAAACUACCGAUUGUGUCUGAAGAGAGUUCAUCAGACAACAGUCAGAUUCUUGGGAAAAGAAAAAGGAGACCGACUGGAAAUUGGUGGUUGAGCUGCCGGCAGAGCGCAGAGGAAACAAAGGUUACAGACAACCUGCCUACUGUGAAGAAGUCGAAGCAGAACAACAAAGAGCCCAGCGCAGCAGCAGCAGCACCACCUGUAAAAACUAAGAAGGACAGAGUUUUAAAACAAAAAAAUCAGACACCGCCUGCAUCGUCAUCCAGUCAGAACACAAACAAGGGUAAAGAAAAGAAAACCAGGCGGAACAGAAACAGAAAUACAAGAGGAGACAAACCAGACAAGAUGAAAGCGUCAGAAGAAGCAUUUGAUGUGCUUGAGACAGAGCAGAUUGAUGAGCAGCAGCCGGAGGUCCCGGACCAGGACCUGGAUCCUGUACAGUCUAGCCCUUUGGUCCACAAAGACCACAGCCUGAACUCAGGUAAAGGGGAUCAGGUAUUUCAAAGAGUAUACCAUCACGUCUCUAAUAAAAAAAUGCCCAUCACACCACCGCCGGCCUCUCCCAGGAGACCUAGGGAGCAGCUCAGUGCAGCAGAACGGGGGAAACGGAGGAGGAAACCUCCCAGUAACUGGUGGACGGUUAAUGGCCUGUCUGAGGAUGUGGAGAGCAUCUCCUCACAGCCUCAGCAGCUGGAGCCCAAACCUCGGAAGGACAGAAAAAAGCAAUCUAAACAGAGCAGAUCUCCAGGACUUGGGACUCCCAAAACUGGCAACGUGGCAGUCUCGCCAACACCACUAGGGGGAGCUCCUGUGCCUCCUCUGAAAGUGAACCCAUUGUCGACUCCAAAGACUGUCAAACGCUCUCUGGCCACGUUUAAAGACAUUUUCUCUUCAGAGUCCCCGACUGUGGUCCGAAACAGAGAAGCAGGUCAGAAUAACAAAUGUAAAGUCACGGCACGUCCUGUUGUGGAAGUCAGUGUUACUGACUGUACAGCACUCAACAAGACCGAUGAAAAUAUUCUCAGUAUGGAUGAUGGUGAAUCCAACAGCCCCCCAAAUCAAGGGCCCCCACAGGACAGCAAGUGUCACUCAGAGAACACGUUAAAAGCCUUCAGAAGUGGGCCAUCGUCCAUGAUUGAGCUUGAACAGUACGAGGAGUAUGAGGACAUGAGUCUGCCGUCAUCCAGAGUCCACGCUGUUCUGUCUACAGCAGAUCUGUGUGCUCCUCCUCUCAAACCUCUAAUCCUACAGCCGAAGGAUAAGGCCAACAUGGCAGAGUGGUUUAAGAGUCUCUGGUCUACCACCGUUGACAAUAGUCCCGUGAUCACUCCGGACCAGUUUGAUUGGUACUUCUAUCAAGGCAGAGCUAUCGGUUUCCAGGUGGACCUGGAGUGUGGCUCCGUCUGUAAUGGAAAAAUCCUGCUGGGCUCCUACAUGAAGAAGCCUCUGUGGGUGGAUCACAGCGCCACAACAGUUUUUAACUUAUUAACAAGCUCUGUGAGUGUAACCAUCGACGUCAGCGAGUCCAGCGUCUAUCCAGGACAAUCCUUUAUGGUGCCAUGUGGACACGCUUACAGCAUCCAGAACAACAGUGCACAGCCUGCGGUUCUGUACUUCACCAGGGUGUUGGCAGAAAGUUCAGACUGAAGUUAUCAGCUUGAGUGGUGGCUAAAAAAAACAGCCCUUUUCCCUAAAAAAAGAAAGAAAACUGAUGUGAGACAUUAUUUCUGUAUUUAAAUUGUGUUUCUGUAUUGAAAUAUGAGUUGUAAAUAGAAAAUGAUUGGGUGAAAAUCUUUAGUGAACUUCUUUGAUCCUUUGCUUGUAAUGAUGUAAAUAAAUCUUUUUUUGCUUUUUGUUA